AAAAAAAAAAGAAAAAAAGAGUAAUUCAUUAUUUUUCAUUCUUCAUCCCCAACAUUAUUUGAUCAAUUCCUCAUCAUUGACAUCUACUGCCUCAACCACCUUCUCCUCUUAUUCUUACUGCUGUCUAGAUAAGAAUUGACUAAUGUUCGAAAAUAUGGGCAAUUGGCUCUUGGCUAUCGCAGCCGAGAUGCCCUUCGAAACUGACUGGGAAUCAUCCUUGAACGGAUCUUGGUACCUAUCCCCCCGUCGCCAUAUGGUUGAGUUUUUUAUUUAUAACAUGGUUUUCCUCUCUACGGCUCACUUUUUUUAUCGUCGCGCUCUUUCUCCUGGAUCACCCAUUUCUCGACUGUUUUCGUCAUAUGUUCCGCCGGCUAAAAAGUCAAGGAUCGAGAUCACAGUACAAUUAUUAUUGACGAUCUCUUUGGCGAUUACAGUGUAUCAAAAAUGGACCCGAGGAGGACUGUUGUAUUUGUUACAACCCUGCCAUAUGUCUGCAAUGAUGUUGAUCUCAAUUCUUGCUGGACCCAAGGAUAGGAAAUGGCCACAUAUCCUAUUGAACAUUUACUUCCAUAUCAUGUGGGGAACAAUGUUGGCUCUCUUAUCUCCAGAUCUUCGCGACUACGACAUGUUCUUUGAGGUCGAGAACUUCUAUAUUGAACAUUAUCUACUUCUUAUUGCGCCUGUAUACAUGAUUUGGUCCAAUCGAUAUGUAAUCUGGCCCGCCUCAAUGGAUGUGGCACUCAUGUCCUUCUCUCUGUUUGCAUUAUAUCACUCUAUGAUCCUAAGCACUGUAGCCUUGGUGCGAGGACAAAAUUUGAAUUACUUGUUGAUGCCACCACCAGGCCCCUUGCAGUUUUUUGGAAAGUGGUACCGCCCUGUUAUGUACGCUUUCUGUGUGUUCUUGACAAUGUCGCGAUAUUUCUUGGUUGAGCUUGUUAUUCAGUACAUGCCUCGCCGGAAAAUCCAUCCACUGCAGAGUGAAACUAAGGAUGGAACGGUCAAGCGAAAGACGCUUUAGAAGAUGAGAGACAUAUUUAUAGAUAUCCAAGUACAUACAGUUCAUUCUAUUUAAAGGGUAUAGAGAGAAUAAUAAAGUAG